GCGUCGCAAGGUGGCGCUUCUGGCACAUGCUGGUACAUGGUACGCGUUACGCGAAAGAUCUCGUCAAUUAUUAUUGCAUUGUCGGAUUGUAUUCCGUCCUAUCCUUGGUCCUCGUGCUCGCGCGAUCGCGAUAUCAAUCGCACGUGUGGUAAGCUUCAGGCUGAAGUCUAAUACCGACAUGUAAGGACGUAUUCAGUCCUUAGACGGUUGGCUGCUAGUUGUUUUUCAGGCCGGCUACUGCUGCUCAGCGUAGUCUUCUGUUCUGGUUCAAGGGUCACGAGUCCCAAGCUGCCAAGCAAGGCUUCAGUAUCUGAAACAGAGCUGGGCUUUCCGAGCUGAGGCUCAUAUGUCGAUACAUACAAUGUUAUGCCACAUCACUGAGUGACUGAAGCAAGUUUUUUGGGCACAAAUGAGUACAAUGCCAAAUUUAACUUGGAGUAUGAGGAGUACUGGGAAUUGCCAUCCUUAAAAACACUUUGAAGUAUUGUCUUCACUGGAUGAAAGAAGUUCACAAAGCAAAUUGCACGAAGUGUACAGGUGUAUACACAUACUUUUGGAGAACAGUCAAAACCAUUGCAGGAAAAAGUUCAUUAUUUCCUUUCAAAGAAAAAAGUUGAGAUCAUGAUAGGCCCAUUGAAGUUGUUCACACUGAAUUCUGUCAUUUCCAACUGUAAAAGAACAAUUGUGUACAUUGAUUCUCUACCAGUAACCAGAUGUUCAAAGAGGCUACAUUUUAACAUAAAAGGAUGUUGGAGGUGGAUGCAUGGAAUUUCUUGUCAAGGAAAUGAUUCGUCUACAGAGAUCUUGCAUUCCAAAGUUCGUCUACCAUUAUAUUCUCAGAAUAAAAUUUAUGAACUGAAAAAAAUCCAUCAAAAUGUCAAGAGGUACAUUAGGACACCUACAUGUAUUACACAAACAUUUUCAACAUCUGUGACUUUGCAAAAUGACGAAGAGGAAUGCUCGACCCAAAGUAGCAAGAUACCAGGAACCAACCCUGAGCAAGGUGGACCGACCUUAUCUGAAUGUUGCUCUCCACAAGCUGCAGUCUGUUGGUGGAGUGCAUCAUUUUCUGAGGGGGGUGUUCCUGAGGCAGAGAUUUCUGCCAAAUUUAUUGUGGCUCAUGCACUUGGAUAUAAACAGUUGCAUGAGUUGACCAGUUCACGCCUUGCAAAACCACUAACACAAGCUGAGCUUGAUCUUAUAAACAGACUUUGCACUAAGAGAAUGCAAAGGAUUCCUGUACAGUACAUCGUUGGUGACUGGGACUUCCAUGACUUAACGCUGUUAGUCAGACCACCAGUUUUCAUACCGAGACCAGAAACCGAGAUGCUCGUUGAUAUCAUCUUGGGACACUAUUCAGAGGAAGAGGAACUUCAUUUUCUUGAGAUUGGAUGUGGUUGUGGUGCAAUAACGUUAUCACUUCUUUUUGAGCUGCCUUUGGCCCAUGUGACUGCUGUUGAUUGCAGUGAAGAGGCUGUUCUGCUGAUGCUGGAAAAUGCUAAAAGGCUAGGAGUACAGGCCAGACUGACUGUACACUGUGCUACUGUCACAUCAGAUCUGCCCGAGUGUCUAAAAGGAAAGAGAGACUCAUUUGAUGCCAUUAUCAGCAACCCUCCUUACAUAGCAACCCAAGACAUGCAGCAACUACAACCAGAAAUCAAACUGUAUGAAGAUUUUCGAGCAUUGUGUGGUGGUGCUGAUGGUAUGGCUCUUAUUAAGGAUAUUCUCUGGAAUUCACACCUCCUCCUGAAAACAGGGGGCUUUAUUUGGCUGGAGACCGACUCAAGACAUCCUGAAGCAAUCAAAGCUUGGCUGGAUAGUAACCUAGGGACAGGAGUGGAGUUCCUGAGAACUUUUCAGGAUUAUCAUUACAGACCCAGAUUCUCACAGUUGAGGUAUGGACCAUGCUAGCUGUGAUGAAUGUCUCCAGAUCAGGUUACUAAAGGAAACGUCUCAGCUAAGGUAUCAAAGCGUACACCUGCUGUUGUGAAUAAAGCAUCAAUGGUUUCCAUGCAUAUUGUUUCUCUGAAAAGCCAGUGCAUACAUUAUAUUUUCAUGGUCAGUGUUGUAGUUAAGACCUCCUGUUAGAAAUCAAGUCAAAAGCCAUUCAGUUGACUCACCCCAAAAAGCAUUCCUUUGUUGUUCACCCUGGUACUUGUGAGUGGUCUUGCAUCUCAUGUUGUGAAUGGUCUCAAUGUAAAAAUGUGUGAAACAAUGGGAUUCUCCAAAAUGUUUGGAUAAGGGUUGUUUGAGGAGGAUGUUACUGUAUGUUCCCAUUGGUCAGAGUGGUCUAACUGUAGUCAUGCUUGAACCUGCCCUGAUAAACCUUUCACAAAAUGACAGACAGGAAUGCAUUUACUUGUUUGGCAGCUGACUAUGCAAUAAUUUUUAUAUUUAAUCACAUCAGAAACCUGGUAGCAUUCACCUGUAGUGAUUUCAUGACACGCACAUGUAUAUACAUACUGAUAUAGGUGUACAGAGAUAAGCUUGUACAGUGGGCUAGAAAAAUGUACAAAGUUGACAUCCUGGAUGGUGUGCUUAGCACAAAGGUACAUGAGUCACAUUUACAUUCAAACUAAAUUCUGGUUAGUGCUCUCCUUGACAACUGUGAUUGUGCACAUAUUUCGGAAUAUCCAAACUGGUAAACUAAAAUAAAAAUACAAUUAAAAUUUGAA